AAGAUUUGAGGCAGCCAAUUCUCCGACACAUUCGUAAACUCGUGGUAAACCAGCUGCCCAGAACUGCGCGUCGAGCCGAUGAAAAGAGGCGGUACGCUACUAGCUAAGCGACAUGGCGAGCAUGAGCCCACCCAGGUGGGCGAGGACGAAGACGGAAUAGCGCUCGAUUUCCAUGCACGAUCAUCGUGAGCUCGGAUGGGGAGAAGGCUUGUACACACAGGUCCAGAGCCCGCAGUCACGAGGCUGGAAGGGUCUUACGGGGGCUGAGCGGACUGUGACAGCGGGCCGACCCACCGGACAGGACCCGUCACGACGUAAUGCCCCCACAGAACCAGGGGUUCAGCUUCAAAUGUUUGGCCGGGGAGGACCGCAUCGCGCGAGGGGCUGUGACUCGCGUCGCAAGCCGGAGCGGCGGUGGCAGAGAGACUAAGAUUUCUGUCUUUUAGGUGACGAUGUCCUCUCCGAGAGUCCCGCGCUCUCGUGUCGCCGCCGUUGUUUGGCUACUGCGACACUCGUCGGAACGGCUUGUUCAACAUCUUUACGCCGCUACCAGAACAAGUAUACGUGCCAAUCCUCGAACGACCAGAAGAAAAAGCGCUCAACAUGGUUCGCAAGAAGGCAUUGUUGAUCGGCAUCAACUACGCCGGCACGGAAAACGAGCUCAACGGGUGCCACAACGAUGUGGAAAACGUGCGCGAUUUCCUGGUCAAUGAUCGCGGGUUCUCAGACGACUCCAAGAACAUGGUGAUCAUGACCGACACACCGGAAAACGAGGGCACACCGUUCUGGCCGAGCGGCGAGAACAUCCUGGCCGCGUUCAAGUGGUUGACAUCAUACAACAGAGACGGCGACAUUGUGUGGCUGUCAUACUCGGGGCACGGAGGCCAGGUAAAGGACACGGAUGAUGGGCGGCCGACGGGCUUCGAUGAUACCAUCUGCCCUGUCGACUUUACGGAGACGGGCCAAAUAUCCAGCGAGAUUCUGCACAGAAGUAUCAUAAGCCCCAUGAACCCCAACGCACGACUGACGAUCCUGUUCGACUGCUGCCACUCGGGCUCGGCGUGCGAGCUGCCAUUCGUAUACCGGCCGGAUGAGGAUGGCAACAUCAACCUGCUGGACCACCUGAAAAAGGGCAAGGCGCUGAUCCACGCCGCGGGGGAGCUGAUGCGAGGGGGUUUCAGCCGCGACAAGAUCGCAGACGCCAAGAUGCUUCUGGGUGGUGCGACGGACUUUUUCCACGGGCUGGCGCACGCGCGCGAGGAGGCAGACGAGGAGGGACUGGCGGCUGAGACGUUCUCGGACGAGAAGGACUGGCAUACGGAAGGGAAGGACGUGUGGAUGUUCUCGGGCUGCCGGGAUGACCAGACGUCUGCGGACGCGACCAUCUCGGGGUCGGCGACGGGGGCCAUGUCGUGGGCUUUCAUCGGGACGAUGAGGGAGGAGCCCGGCCUGACCUAUCGAGAGGUAUGUGCUUUCCUGGCAGUGUCAGUGGACAUGUGUGAUGUGGAUGGGAGACUGAUGAAGGGGCAGAUAUUGCUGGCCACCCGAGGGAAGCUGGUGGACAAUUACGAGCAGAUCCCGCAGCUCAGUUGUGGGGGGCGUUAUGACCUCGACGAGCCUCUCAGGGUAAGCACAGUGGCCUCUCACUCUGGCGAGAAGUCACUUCCAGGCACUGACAGUCAGCAGCUAUGAUUCUGACGACCGAAGAAGACGAAGCAUCGAGGGUGGGAUGGAUGGAUGAUGGACGAUGGGCGAUGGACGAGGGACGAUGGACGAGGGACGAUGGAUGAGGGACGAGGGACGAGGUCGAUUGCAUUGGCGCGGAGUCGAACUGGUUGUUUGCACUUUGCGCAUGAAUCGUGGCAUAUUGACUUCCAAGCAUAGGCGUCAUAGAAGAUCUUAAAAUGGGAUGCAUGACUGUUUGAUGGGUUCUCGGUGGCUCCUAGAGUAUCGGUCUUGUCAUGAUCA